AUGGGAAUGAGGCAACUUAUCAAAGAAAUCUCAGGGCUUAGAUCUACUGGCUGUUUUGAUAAGUAUCUUGGGCUACCUACAUUGGUUGGCAGGCAAAAGAAUAGUGCCUUCAAAGGGAUUAUUGAUAGAAUUUGGGGUAAACUUAAUAGCUGGCAAUCAAAAUUUUUGUCCCAGGCUGGAAAGGAAAUAUUGCUUAAGGCAGUCAUCCAAGCUUUGCCAACUUUUUGUAUGGGAUUAUUUAGACUGCAAAAGACUUUGUGCCAUCAGAUUACUAAUAUGAUGCAGAAUUGUUUUUGGGGUCAUCAUGAUAGUUCUCAGAAGAUCCAUUGGUUAAGCUGCAAGAAGAUAUGUAUUUCAAAGAAAUCUGGUGGUUUGGGGUUCCAGGGAUUUGGAGGCUUUUACCGCUAUGUUAGCAAAGCAAUUGUGGAGGAUUUUGCAACAACCUUCUACUUUAGCUACUGA